ACAGAGAGAGGGUGUGCAGAUGGUCAGCCCGUGGUGAUCCUCCUAGGUUGGGCAGGCUGCCAGGACAAAUACCUGGCCAAAUACAGUGCUAUUUACAGUCAGAAGGGGUGCACCGUCAUCCGCUACACAGCUCCAUGGAGGAUGAUAUUCUUCUCCGAGGUCUCUGGCAUCAGAUCCCUGCAGACCCCAGCCAGGCGACUCCUGGAGCUGCUCUUUGACUACAGCAUUGAAAACAGACCGGUUCUUUUUCAUGUUUUUAGCAAUGGUGGUGCCAUGCUGUACCGUUACAUUGUUGAGGCACUCCACACUCACAAGCCAUUUAAGAACCUCAAAGUAGCAGGCACCAUUUUUGAUAGUGCCCCUGGCAGAAGAAACGUGAGAGGAGGCCUUCGUGCUUUGGCAACUGUCUUGGUACCCAUGAAUGUGGUGCUCAAGUAUUUCCUCUUAUUCGCUUUUGCUACUACAGCUGUCGUGCUGCGGAUCUUGCUGUACCCAUUGACCCGCCUCAUCCACGAGAGCCAUUACGAUGUCCUACUGAAAGCGCCCUCGCGGUGGCCUGAACUUUACCUCUAUUCCCAAGCUGAUGCCAUCAUCAAGGCCAGCGAAGUUAAGUGCAUGGCUGAUGCCCGGCAGCAGCUCGGUGUCUCCGUGAAAGCUGUAGACUUCUCAGAUUCGGCUCACGUCAACCAUAUGCGGGUGUAUCCCACCUAUUACAGCAACCUCUGUACGACUUUCCUGUCUGACUGUGUCAGGGGCUUGCCUCGUUAGUGGUGUAAUGACCUCCAGUGUUUACCUCUGCUUUGCUCAGCUUGUGUGGGAAAUGUCACCCCC